AUGAUAAGAGCUGUAAUACUUAGAAAUGACAGCAGAAAGGCGACAGCGACGACGCAAAACGCCAAGAAUGCAGACCCAAACGAUACAGUCAAAGGUGCUCCGACAGCAAAAGCUCCACCCGAAGCGGGAGGAAAAACACCUCUGGUUAACCCUGAGGAGGCUGACGAAGAUGAGAAGCCGCGGGACUCCAACGCCGACGAUGCCGAAAAGGAGGCAUUGGAGCCCGAAUCGGAGGACCAAGAAGCUGAUGGCGACCUUCGUAAUGAAGGGUCCCCAAAAGGGGGCGGCACUGUUCGGUAUGGUAUUGGAGACCAAAGGGGAGAUGGCUUUGAAGGGGAGGGUCAUGCAGCGGGUGAUGUGGGCGAGGAAGAAGCUGAAGAAAACGUAGAGGAUAUCCAGCUAGACCCGGAUCAAGAUAAAGGAGAGCCAAUUACAUCAAGGAAAUCUUCGACUCAGCUACGAGAAAGUAAAACCAACGAGAACAGCAAGUUUGUGGACACCGCUGCAGAUCCUACUGAGGGUCCAUUGUUAGACCAGGAGAUAGAACUGCCGUUGGAAAGAGCAGACACGAAUGAGCACAUGCAUUAUUUGGGAAAAGCACCUAAGCCACAUAAAACACGCAAAAGAAGCGAAUUGUGGCAUCCUUCUAAGACUCUCAAUGAUGUCAAAUCUCAGACAGUGGCCGAAAACGAGACACGAUUAUCAGCCACGGAUGAAUCAAUUGAAAGAAAGUUAGAGACCAAUUAUGAGCCAGAAAAAUUUGACGAAAACGAUCUGAAAACAGAAAAAGAUCCGUACGAGGUAGAUAAAGAGCCCGAUACGCCCGAGGAAGAGCAAUUUAAGGAUCCAGAAGCUAACGAACACCGCGAGAUGUCACGGGAACUUGAGGAGAGAGCUGAUGCUGCAGAAGAGAAAGAAAAUCCAGCUCAGCAAGAAGAUCCGGCAACUCCAGACGAAAAUCACGAUCCAGUACCAGCGGAAGAAACCGUAAAUUCUAAGCGAGAGCCUCCAGAGCUUCCCGAUUACGAAGAAGACUCAACGCCACAGGAAUUCGUAGGAGUCCAAGAGAAAGAGGACCAAAACUUUAGAACAAGUACACCACAGACAGUUCAGUCCGAAAGAGAAGUAGAUCUGAUUGAGCAAGAUAGGCAAUCUGAGAAGCAAAAGCUUGAUCCCGAACUUAAAAGCUUGCCAAGUGCAAACUAUGCACGAUCAUCUAAGACCAACCUUACAACUAGCAGCUCACAUUACCCUAAUAAGCAUGCGACGCGAAGCGGGACUGACAACCGUCGACCUACCGCCCACCAGACUACGAUGACAAGUCCAUCAGUCAGUAAAUCAUCAAAAGCUGACAAACGGACUAGUUCUAGAACCCGGACGGAUCGAUUAUCAUCAGAUCUAAAAAAGAAGUCUACAUCAAGUCCUACAAGAAGAGAUAGAAGACAGCGGAGCCUUUCUCCACUCGUCCGCAGAAAUCGGCGCGAUAGAUAUGGUCGACUUCUCAGUCCAACAAGUAGAUACGACAGAGAUUACCGAAGAUACCGCAGUCCGCGAAGAAAUGACAACUAUGAAGAGUAUCGAGAAAGGCAUCUUUCCUCGUCUCACGGCUCUCCGAGAGGACGAACAAGAUAUUACAAAGACAAGAGACGUUUCAAAUCAAGGCAACAGAGCGAAGAAGAUACGAACACUAUUAAGCAACAACUGGAGUCAAUUCAGAAACGCUUAGACGAAAUGGAAGAAAAAAUUGAAACUCAUAGAAUUAACAAUCAAGCGGCUCCUAUGCCUGCCGGUAUUUUCCAGGACGGAUUGGAGCAACAAACCGCACCAGAAUCGCAACAAGGAGGAGAAUGUCAUCACGGAGAUGCCAGAGCUUCAGUUUACAACUUAGCUCAGACAAUAUACACUGGCGAAAAUCGUCCGUUCACGGUUCAACAUUACUAUCCAUCUCGAACAGUAUCAGUGCACAAUGGAUAUAGCUUGGUUACAGGAAAUUGGGGAGCAAAUGGCUAUGCCGGGCUCAUGCGUUACUUUCGGUUGUAA